CGCCAUCUCCUUGUUCUGUUUCAGCUACAACAGGGUCAGUACAGAUACAAACUAGAUAAUAUUGUGGUAUCUUGGCUUCAUUGCCGCUAUUAACUCUAAUGUAUAGUUUUAAAGCCAGGUUCAUAUGACUGUCACGAGACGAGACUCCAAAUACAACUGUUUUGAACCGCUUACUUAGCCAGCGAAAAGGGAAUCUGGUCAUUGGUAGGCAGCUCGUUAUCAUCCACCGCUGCCGUCUACCUUCGCUAGCUAUCCUAAUGGCUAGCUUUGGUUCUAUGUCGUGACAGUUAUAUAAAUUGACAAUUCUUCUCCUUUUAUUCACACUCAUUCCCCCUUCCCCUUUACCCCACUCGCGUUUACCCUCGAUUUGGUCAGGUGACUGACAACGAGAAGGGAAGUCAGUAGCCAGCCACUCCCCCGCCCCUGCAAAAUAAAAAAUCCACCAGUGAGAGCCAAUGUCGCCCUGUGGAGGCGCGCGGAAGCAGACAGGCUGAGAGUGUGAGUGCAAGCGGCACUCGCCCCCACGUCAAGUCUCGAAGAGAGUGGGCACAAGAAAAGACGAGAGGCGGACCCCAUCCAGCCUAGCCCAGCCCAGCCCAGCCCAACCCGACCCGACCCACCCGCGUCAUUUCCCUUUUAGCAGAUUUCAGACGAAUCAGAUAGCCAAGCUGUUGCCAUGUCUACGUCUUCACUACGACGGCAAGUCAAGAACAUUGUGCAUAAUUACUCUGAGGCCGAGAUAAAGGUCAGAGAAGCGACCUCCAAUGACCCAUGGGGACCCUCCAGUUCCCUCAUGUCCGAAAUUGCAGACCUAACAUACAAUGUGGUGGCCUUCUCAGAAAUUAUGAGCAUGGUGUGGAAACGGCUGAACGACCACGGAAAGAACUGGAGACACGUGUACAAAGCCAUGACACUGAUGGAGUACCUGAUAAAGACGGGCUCUGAGCGGGUGGCCCAGCAGUGCCGAGAGAACAUAUACGCCGUGCAGACCCUCAAAGACUUCCAGUAUAUCGACAGGGACGGCAAAGACCAGGGAGUGAAUGUAAGAGAAAAAGCCAAACAGCUGGUGACACUACUGAAGGACGAGGAGAGACUUCGGGAAGAGAGGAUCCAUGCACUCAAGACCAAAGAAAAGAUGGCCCAAACCAGCAGUGCCUCCUCUGCCCCCUCAGCUCCGGGCCUCGGGGGAGGCGGCAUGCCCAUGGGGGCCGGCGCAGACGCGGAACAGGCCUGGCCCCAGAGCUCCGGCGAGGAGGACCUGCAGUUGCAGCUGGCCCUGGCCAUGAGUAAAGAGGAGGCCGAGCAGGAGGAGCGCCUGCGCAGGGGAGACGACCUGAGACUGCAGAUGGCCAUCGAAGAGAGUAAGAGGGAGAAGGCCAAGCCUGAGGAGACUCAGCAGAGCUCUCUGAUGGAGUUGAGUGCUGUUGACCCAUGGGGGGCCCCGGCUGCGGCCCCUACGUCACUGGGCCCCGUUGGGCCCUCCCCUCCCCCUGUCGUGGUGGCCCCCGCCCCUGCUGCGGGGCCCUGGGGCGCAGCGGCAGCCGACCCCUGGGGGGCCGCCACGCCCUCCUCCCCGCCUGUUGAUCCGUGGGGCGAGGGCCCACCGAAGAUCGAACCUCCUCCAGACCCGUGGGGUGACUCCUCCAGAGUCAACGCCGACCCUUGGGCAUCAAGUACUGUGUCCCCUCCCAGCCUGGACCCCUGGGGGAGCUCUGCGGCUCCGGCCCCCCUCCCUGUAGCCGUGGGGUCAGGUGACCCAUGGGCUUCGGACGGGGCAUUAGCCCCAAUCACUGACUCCCUUACGUCUGAUCCCUGGAGCGCUCCCACCAAACAAACCAAUGGCACAGGAGAUCCCGAGAGAAGAGGCUCCACCGCCACGAUGGGCGACGCGGGCAGCAAAGGCAGCACAGGCUCUCCGGUGCCCUUUGACCUCUCCUCGCUAGGCUCCUCCCUGCCCGUCAGGAAAACGCCAGAGUCCUUCCUGGGGCCCAACGCCGCGCUGGUGGACCUGGACUCCCUGGUCUCCUCCAAGCCCAAACCCAAGCAGCCUCCCCCCUCGCUCUCCAACUCUUCUACCAACAACCCCUUUCUACAGACACAGGGCUCGUCCCCAGCCCCAGGGAUGGCCGUAACCCCUGGCAGCACCAUCUCCAGCAGGGGUGUGUCCCCCACGCCUCCUCCCACCUCAAACCCCUUCGGCGCCGCCUCCAUGGCCUCCAUCUCCCCGCAGCCUUCUACUCUGGGCCUGAGCCAGCUACGCACCAGCCCCGUCCCGCCGCCCAACCCCAUGCUGGGUCACAUGCCACCCCCGUCACUGGGGAUGGGAAUGGGCAUGCCAGGGAUGGGAGUACCUCUGGGCGGCCCAGGAAUGGGCAUGGGGAUGGUGCAGUCGAGCCCGAUGGGAAUGCCCUUCGGUGGGAUGUCACCCAUGGCCCCACCAGGGAACUCCCACUUCAUGGGAGGAGCAGGGGCACCAGGCCAGCCGCAGCCCCUGAAUCUGGGGGGGCCGGUAGGGAUGGGCGGGGUGAUGGGAGCUGGGGGGGCGGUGGGAGGGGGAGGAGCAGCCACGGGGGCGAGCACUAAUCCCUUCCUCCUCUGAGGGCCUGUGAGAUUGCCAUGCUCCUCUACACACCCCUCCACACCUUCAUCACAAACAAUUUAUGUGUCUGAAGAUGGGGGAAAAAAAUACAAAAUUACAUGUACAUCUCUAUAUUUAAAAAAAAGAGAAAAGAGGAAAAAAAAAAAGAAAUUAUUUUCUUCCACAGAAAGCAUUUCAAUUUUAUGUUCAGUGAUUCUUUUUGCCUUGAGUGGAAUGCAGAAGAUUGAGAAGUAUUUAUUUAAUUUCAAUAAAUCUUUUAAAUUAUUUUCUUUUUUCCCCCCCCUCCAUGUCUGUGUGUGGAGGUUGAGAAGGUGGAUGGUAUGUGAAUGGUAUUUGGGUGAAAGCGAUAAUCAGUGUAGGACAUCACUGACUGUUGUUGUAUACUGUUGUAAGUACUGUGCCAGCAUGACUAAGUGAUCGAGAGACUAAAAGAGGGGUGGGAGAGCAAUGGAUUUAAGCGUAGCCACUAAAACAAAACAAAACAAAUCAAACUGCUUGUUUCCUCACACCCUCUUCGUCUGCUCUCUCCUCGGGGGAUUAUCGACCGGACUGGAUAGAACACAUUUCAAAAACAAAGAAUACAUGAAGGAUGGACGGGACUCACCGCAACAUUUCAGGCAAAACUCUUGGUCGAAAUCAUUCAAUGGCUGUAUUAUUUCAAGAUCUAAUUUAAUGUUUGAUGUAAUUUAUUUUAAUUUUUUGUACUUUAGGGGAACAAGGAAAAUCACACUGAACUAUGCCAUUAAAUGAGCGGUCUCUCUCUCUCUCUCUUUCUUUCUCUUUCACUCUCUCUCUCUCUCCAAUACUUCUAUGUAACAAUCAAAAGAUGUGAUUUUAACAUUUCAUGAAUUUGAGGGAAAAUGGAAAAUGGUGAGUGUGUGUGUGUGUGUGUGUGUGUGAUUGUAUGGUUGGUUGUACCUGACUGACUGCGAUGAUGUUUUAGCAUGUGUGGGUGGGUGGGUGGUUGUGUGUUUGUGUGUACAUGCCUCUGCACUUGCGUUUGGAUGUGCGUUUCCAUUCUCCCGACCUCCAGCUCACUACCGUCACUUGAAAAAACGUAAAAUACAAAACAUGAAUUGUAUUUUUUUUAAAAGUCACUUUUUCAAUGCUUUGUAAUGUGGGGAUUAAAAAGAAAGGUAUUAUAAAUGG